AUGAAUAAUUACAAUUUUACUGAUAAGGCAGAAAAAACAAUUCAAACCGCUAUAGAAACUGCGAGAGAAUAUUCUCAUGUACAAGUACAACCAGCUCACAUCGCCGUCGCACUUUUAGACAGCACGGAUGGCGAUUCACUUUUUAAGAGUCUUAUAAAUAAGGCUGGAGGAGAUCCGUUGACGGUAGAGAGGAACUUUACGAAACUGCUUGUGAGACUUCCAAGACAGGAACCCGCGCCGGCUGAUAUAUCAAUUAGUCCACAAGCCAGUAAAGUACUUCGGGCCGCGCAUGAUAUCCAGCAAAAACAAAAGGAUAGUUAUAUCUCGCAAGACCAUCUUAUUUUGGCGUUGACUGAGGAUCCACAAUCCUCGCAAGCGCUUUCCGAAGCAGGAGUUACUAAAAAGGCGUUGGAAGUUGCUAUUACACAUGUUCGAGGUAAUCGGCGAGUUGAGUCAAAGAGCUCCGAUGAGAAUUACGAAGCUUUAAGUAAAUAUGCGGUUGAUUUGGUCGAGCUUGCGAAAAGUGGAAAGCUUGACCCAGUAAUUGGUCGAGAUGAUGAAAUUCGCCGUGUAAUUCGUGUUUUGGCAAGGAGGACAAAGAAUAAUCCCGUGUUAAUUGGUGAACCCGGCGUAGGUAAAACUGCGAUUGUUGAAGGACUUGCCCAGCGUAUUGUGAGAAAAGAUGUGCCCAGAACUUUGGAUUGCAAAUUAUAUUCUUUAGAUAUGGGUGCUUUGAUUGCUGGUGCCAAAUAUCGUGGUGAAUUCGAAGAACGUUUGAAAGCAGUUUUGAAAGAAGUCACAGAUUCAGUAGGAGGAAUAAUUUUAUUCAUUGAUGAGAUUCAUUUAGUUCUAGGUGCAGGAAAAGCGGAGGGAUCGAUGGAUGCUGCAAAUUUACUUAAACCGAUGUUGGCGCGUGGUGAAUUGCGAUGUAUUGGUGCUACCACUUUAAAUGAAUACCGUAAAUAUGUGGAAAAAGAUGCAGCCUUCGAACGUCGAUUUCAGCAAGUAUUAGUUGGCGAACCUUCAGUGGUCGACACCAUAAGUAUUUUACGUGGAUUAAAGGAACGUUAUGAAUCUCAUCAUGGUGUAAAAAUUGCUGAUGCUGCUUUGGUGGCUGCUGCCCAAUUGUCAGGACGGUACAUAACAAAUCGAUUUUUACCUGAUAAGGCCAUAGAUUUAAUGGAUGAGGCUUGCGCUAAUACUCGUGUUCAACUUGAUUCCCGGCCUGAGAUUAUUGAUCAAUUAGAACGUCGUCAUCUGCAACUUGAAGUCGAAGCGACAGCGCUUGCUAAAGAAAAAGACGAGGCCAGUCGUCAAAGAUUAUCAAAAGUUAAAGAAGAAAUGGCUGGUAUACAAGAGAAACUAAGGCCUCUAAAAGCUAAAUAUGAACUUGAUAAAGGUCGAUUUGAUGAACUUCGUGAACUUAAGCAAAAACUUGAUACUUUGAAAGCAAAGGCUAUAGAAGCAGAAACAAAUUAUCAACUUGAUAAAGCUGCUGAUCUUCGAUAUUUUGCUAUACCCGAAGUUGAGCAACGGAUUCAAGAAUUAACAAAUGAGAAGGAGAAGCAAGAUGUGGAGAGAGCUUCCAAUCCUAAUGUUUUGCCUGAUGAACAUCUCCUUACGGAUGUGGUUGGGCCAGAACAGAUUAUGGAAGUAGUAGCGCGUUGGACUGGAAUACCUGUAUCACGAUUAUCAAAGACACAAGCUGAACGAUUGCUCACAUUGUCUGAUACUCUUCAUAAGCGUGUUGUUGGACAGGAUGAAGCAGUGCAAGCAGUUGCGGAUGCAGUCCUACGAAGUCGUGCAGGAUUAGCCAGAGAGAAUCAACCAUUAGGUAGUUUUCUAUUUUUGGGACCAACGGGAGUGGGAAAAACAGAAUUAAGUAAAGCACUUGCACAGGAACUUUUUGAUGAUGAAAAAUUUAUCAUUAGAGUUGAUAUGUCAGAAUACAUGGAAUCACAUUCAGUCGCUCGAUUAAUUGGCGCUCCACCAGGUUAUGUUGGUCAUGAAGAAGGUGGUCAGUUAACAGAAUCUGUUCGUAGACGUCCAUAUAGCGUAAUUCUAUUUGACGAAGUUGAGAAAGCACAUCUUCAGGUUUUAAAUAUUUUAUUACAAGUAUUGGAUGAUGGCCGUCUUACAGAUGGACAAGGUCGUGUUGUUGAUUUUAGUAAUACAGUCAUAAUUUUAACAAGUAAUUUAGGCUAUUAUCAUCUACAAGGAUUAACCACAGAUCAAAUUGAUGAUACUGUUAAAGAAGCUGUUAUGAGCGACGUCAGAAGACACUUUCGACCAGAGUUUCUGAAUCGUUUGGAUGACAUCAUUAUAUUCACGCCACUUGGACGUCAACAUCUUCAUACGAUUGUUAAAAUCCAAGUGAAUCGUGUUGCUAAACGUCUUGAGGAUCGACGUAUAACAUUACAAGUAGAUGAAAAAGCUCUAGACUGGCUUUCAGAACACGGAUACGAUCCGGUUUAUGGCGCUCGACCAUUAAAUAGGCUAAUCAAAGCCAAAAUUUUGAAUCCUUUAAGUAAACUUUUAAUUGGAAUUCGCAAUGGUGAAAUCGCAAAAGUCACCACUACUCCUGAAAACACCGACAUACUUGUCGUUCGAAAUCAUGACGGUCCAGAGGGACUUGAUAAUAUGGCAAUUGAUGAAGACCAAGAAGAAAUGUACGCGGACAAUCGGUUAGAAUUGGAUUAA